UCUCUCUGAGAGAGAGAAGUGGAGAGGGGUUAGGAGCCUAGGAGGGAGGGAAGUCGCUGGGAAAAGAGGUUUGACCUUCCUUCACCUUCAUCAUCUCUCUCACACGCCACAAUUGCCCCCCUCAAUCCACUUCUCCCCCGCCCACUUCUCCCCUCCCCAUUCCUUAAAAUCUCCCCUCAUUUCCUGAUCUACUUGUGGGCAUUUCGCUCCUUAACACACUCACCAAUAUCUUCCCCCUCCCUGCAAAUCCUCUCAAUUUCUUUCCCGGAAACCCAGAACUUUUCCGGAGACCAAUCUCAAUUCCAUCACAGGAAGAUCAGAUUUUUAUUGGAUUUGGCUUUUAUUUCCUUCAAAUUCUCAGACUCAUUUUGCCGAAGCAUAGAAAAACCAUAGAAAUCACUUCAUGGGUAAUUGUUGCGUAACGCCAACGGUCGCUGAUGACAUCAAGAAGAAUAAGAAGACGCCAAACCCGUUCGCGACCGACUAUGGCGCGAGCCACCACCAAGCCAAUGGUGGGAGUCACAAGCUCUCGGUCUUGAAGGAGCCUACCGGCCGCGAGAUCAAGCAACAGUACGAUCUGGGCCGCGAGCUGGGCCGCGGCGAGUUCGGAAUCACCUACCUCUGCACCGACAGGUUCACCAGCGAGACGUUCGCUUGCAAAUCGAUAUCGAAGAAGAAGCUGAGGACGGCGGUGGACAUCGAAGACGUGAGGAGAGAGGUUGAGAUCAUGAAGAACUUGCCCAAGCACCCCAAUAUCGUCAGCUUGAAGGACACCUAUGAGGACGACAAUGCGGUGCACCUCGUCAUGGAGCUUUGUGAGGGCGGCGAGCUCUUCGAUCGGAUCGUCUCCAGGGGUCAUUACACGGAGCGCGCUGCUGCCGCGGUAACCAAGACCGUUGUGGAAGUUGUUCAGAUGUGCCACAAGCAUGGUGUGAUGCAUAGGGAUCUCAAACCUGAGAACUUUCUGUUUGCUAACAUGAAGGAAACAGCACCUUUGAAGGCAAUCGAUUUUGGGCUUUCAGUAUUCUUUAAACCUGGUGAGAGAUUUACUGAGAUAGUUGGAAGUCCUUACUACAUGGCUCCAGAGGUGCUCAAACGAAAUUAUGGUCCAGAAGUAGAUGUUUGGAGUGCUGGAGUAAUCCUUUACAUCCUGCUCUGUGGUUUCCCACCAUUUUGGGCAGAAACUGAACAAGGAGUAGCACAAGCAAUUAUACGGUCUGUUGUAGAUUUUAAAAGGGAUCCUUGGCCUAAAGUUUCUGAUAAUGCAAAAGACCUUGUGAAGAAGAUGCUUAAUCCUGACCCACAGCGGCGGCUUACUGCUCAGGCAGUGCUAGAUCAUCCUUGGUUACAGAAUGCAAAGAGAGCUCCAAAUGUUUCUUUGGGUGAAACUGUGAGGGCAAGGCUCAAGCAAUUUUCAUUAAUGAAUAAGCUCAAGAAAAGAGCUCUCAAGGUAAUCGCCGAGCAUUUGUCUGUAGAGGAAGUUGCCGGCAUAAAGGAGGGAUUCAAGGUGCUAGAUACUGGCAAUAGAGGCAAAAUUAACAUAGACGAGCUAAGAGUGGGGUUGCACAAACUUGGCCAUCAGAUACCUGAUACAGAUCUGCAAAUUCUAAUGGAAGCAGGUGAUGUAGAUAAGGAUGGAUAUCUUGACUAUGGGGAAUUUGUAGCUAUCUCUGUUCACUUAAGAAAGAUGGGCAAUGAUGAUGGGCACCUUCGCAAAGCCUUUGAAUUCUUUGAUCAAAACGAAAGUGGAUAUAUAGAAAUUGAGGAGCUAAGAGAUGCCUUAGCUGAUGAAAUUGAGACAAGCAGUGAAGAAGUCAUUAAUGCCAUUAUGCGUGAUGUGGACACAGACAAGGACGGACGUAUAAGUUACGAGGAAUUUGCCACAAUGAUGAAGGCAGGCACAGAUUGGAGGAAAGCAUCACGGCAAUAUUCACGAGAGCGGUUCAACAAUCUCAGUUUGAAAUUGAUGAAGGAUGGGUCAUUGAAGGUAGAAAUUUAGAGUAGAUAAGUCAUGACAAAUUACUCCUGGGAGGAUGCAUGCCAGAAGAAUAGAGAAAAUUAUUUUUCUUAUCUUUUUUUCACAAUUAUUUUUUUGUUCAUUUUCUUUUUUGAGACCCUUUUUUUUGGGGGGGGGGUGGGGGAUAAGUAGGGGCAUGGACCUAGGGCUGUGGAUGCCCUAAUAUAUUGGAAUAUGUUUCAUUUUGAUUGUUAUGGGAGUUGCUGGGGGAAAGGAGUGGGUGAAGAAGGUUGGAGACUGGAGUCGUUAUUUGUGGCUGUAAAUAUGCUAAGACUUCCAUCCUUACAAAGUCAUCAUCUGGCAUUUGUUAGGUGAAGUUUGUUGGUACCA